AGUCAGUAGUAGUUGGCUCUCUCUCUCACACAGUGGGCGACUUCUGACUCUACUGCGGCUCCUGUACGAGCGAAUCACACGGAGCGGGAGCCUCGAGCGGAGCGCGGUGAUGGAGGAGGGCAGGGCCGUCGGGACGCUGGAGAAACGGCGGGUUAGGAUCGAGCAGCUUUAAUAGGGCGGAGAGGAGGCUGUGACAUGACCGGAGCGCAUCCUUCCUUCUCCUGGAGCCGAGACCGUUCAUCCCCCUCUCUCACCCUCCUCCUCCGCUGCUGCUGCUGCUGAUGGUGGUGGUGCUGGCGGUGGUAGCGCAGCCUGCGUGAUUUCCUGCUGGAACUUUCUGAUUUUGCUUCUCUUUAGUUGAAAUCCAGCCCAGUUGACAGGAUGAUUGAGGAGGGCAGCAAGAGCGGCAAGGCCACGGUGGAGAAGAGGCAGCUCUUCAUGGAGAUGAGAGCACAAAACUUUGAUGUUAUCCGACUGUCAACAUAUAGAACAGCGUGCAAGCUGAGAUUUGUUCAGAAAAGAUGCAAUCUUCACCUGGUGGACGUGUGGAACAUGAUCGAGGCGUUCCGCGAUAAUGGACUCAGCACGCUGGACCACAAUGCCGAGAUCAACGUGUCACGACUCGAAACCAUCCUCUCCUCCAUCUUCUACCAGCUGAACAAGCGGCUGCCCACCACCCACCAGAUUAAUGUGGAGCAGUCCAUCGGCCUGCUGCUUAACUUUAUGGUGGCCACCUACGACAGUGAGGGCCAUGGAAAGCUCACAGUUUUUUCCAUGAAAUCAAUGCUGGCAACCAUGUGUGGUGGAAAGAUAGUUGACAAAUUACGAUAUAUUUUUUCUCAGAUAUCAGACUCUGGUGGGACGAUGGUGUUUGCUAAGUUUGACCAGUUCCUGAGGGAGGUCCUAAAACUUCCUACAGCCGUGUUUGAGGGCCCCUCGUUUGGCUACACUGAGCACUCAGUCAGGACGUGUUUCCCUCAGCAGAAGAAGAUAUUGCUGAACACCUUCCUGGACGUGAUGAUGGCGGACCCUCCCCCGCAGUGCCUCGUUUGGCUACCUCUCAUGCACCGACUGGCCAAUGUAGAGAACGUCUUCCAUCCGGUGGAGUGCUCGUACUGUCGGAGUGAGAGCAUGAUGGGCUUUCGCUACCGGUGCCAGCAGUGCCACGGCUACCAGCUUUGCCAGAAUUGCUUCUGGCGUGGUCAUGCCAGUGGUCCCCAUAGCAACCAGCAUCAGAUGAAGGAGCAUUCCUCAUGGAAGUCCCCAGCCAAGAAACUGAGCCAUGCCAUCAGUAAGUCUCUGGGUUGCGUGCCCAUAGGAGAACCACCCCACCCCGUGUUUCCAGAAGCAGCAGAGAGGCCGCAGGACCUCGCACACCCUACUCAGCUGAAGCCAGUGUCCAACAACAUGAACGAUACCAUUCUCAUGUCCUCCGGGGCACCCACAUCCACCAAAAGCAGUACUCUGGAGAGUCCCAGCAGGCUGGAUGAAGAGCAUCGUCUCAUUGCUCGUUAUGCCGCCCGCUUGGCAGCUGAAGCUAGCAAUUCUACACAGUGCCCUCCCACUGACCUGAGCUUCAACUUUGAUGCCAAUAAGCAGCAGAGGCAGCUCAUCGCUGAGCUGGAGAACAAAAAUAGGGAGAUCCUUCAAGAGAUCCAGCGGCUGCGUCUGGAGCACGAGCAAGCCUCACAGCCCACCCCAGAGAAAGCCCAACAGAACCCCACUCUCCUCGCAGAACUACGCCUGCUCCGGCACAGAAAGGACGAGCUGGAGAAGCGCAUGUCUGCGCUGCAGGAGAGCAGACGGGAGCUGAUGGUGCAGUUGGAGGGUCUCAUGAGGCUGCUGAAGGAUGAAGAGCAGAAGGCCGCUCAGACAGGGGGCUCACCCCACUCCUCGCCCAGCCACAGCGCCAGCUGCACCAUGCCUAUGCCCAUCCGCUCCACCUCAGCCGGCUCCACGCCCACACACACCCCACAGGACUGCCUGGCCGGUGUCGGGGAUGACGUGCUGGAUGCCUUCUCUCAGGGUGUACCUAGAAAUCUCCGUAAUGAUCUUUUGGUGGCUGCAGACUCAAUCACGAAUACCAUGUCAUCGCUGGUAAAAGAGCUCCACUCAGUUGAUGACGGCCUGGAGGAUGAGGAGGUGAACAUGCGGAACGGAAGGGACAAAGUGUCAGCGCCGAGGCAUUAUGGGAAUCGGCACUCCACCCCCUCAUUCUAGACGUCCGGCGGAAUGUGACUGGCGCUGAGAACCAGCAGCGAGAGAACCCUUCAGUCCUGGCAUUAGCACGUAGAGUAAUGCAUGCUCUUCCCAACCGGGUUUCACUAUGUGAAACGAACACUUCAUCACAUUUUACAGAGAGCAAGCUGUAUCUACUAAGGAGAAUAUAAAUAUAUAUAAAUAUAUAUAGCGCUUUGUGUCUUAUCUGUAUAAACCUGUUGUAAUUAUGUAACGAUCUCAUUCAUGACUGCGACGACUGGAAUGGCUUUGCUUGUUUGUGCUUCGUCACGCCAAACGAGUCGCCGAGUUUGCAGAGUUUCCCGAGUUUGCCGAGAGUGCCGAUCUCGGGAAAACGAACCACACUGUGCGUAGUCAGUGUUAGCACUGGGGAAAAAAUAUGUCCCGACCGAUCUCAGCUGCAGCUGUUUCCCCAUAGAUGUUCUCCCAAGCCUCCUCCUCGUCCUCCUCUUCCUCUGCCUCCUCUGCCUCCUCCUCCAGAUUUUGAAGAUUUUGUAUAAUUAGUGAUAAUUCUUGUGUUGUUUGAGUUUUCUGCAUGAAUUUUCGAUCGGAGGAGCCUCAUCUUCAACCUUGCAUGUGGUGUUUGUUUGUUUUGGCCGAGGCGAGGGAGCUCCGCCUGCCGCUCGCCCGGUCGUGUUCUUCAGAACUGCUGCUAAGUACUCUCCACCCGUGGAGGCUCCUCCCACAGAGCCUGUAGGUGUUUGUCAGGGAUCUCUACGAUGAUGCUGAUGCUAAGUUUUGCUAAGUUUGUUAUCGUCGCUAUCGUUUGUGAACGUGUUUUCAGAAUCCACUGUUUUUGCUUUGGUACACCACGCCCUCUUCGACAGCCUUCCACGGUUUGGUCAUGUCGCAUUCCAGCUACAUGGAGCUCUGAAAGCAGAGAGUAACCAGGCUUUAGAAGAGCAAAUAAAGAUUGUCUAAUAAAAGAAUUCUGAUCAUGUUUUUUGUCUGAGAGAUAAAGAUCUUAGCUUUGAGCUGUCUUUCUGUAGAGGCUCUUUUUACAGGAGCUUCUUUAAAAUGACGCUAGUGCUGGAAAUAAGUGAAACCGGUGCUCAGGGACUAUAUGGAGGGAGGUGGAAUGCUGUAGCAAAGCUUGUGAACAAAUGGGAGGAAUUGACUUCAGCCCAAACAGGUCAAAGGUCAAGGAUUAGCACAGGCCAUAAAAAAACUUUAUGGAGGAGCGUGAUUGGCUUGGGUUAGUCCACUGAGCUGGUGCAGGAUGCUACUGUUGUUGCUCUGCGCCGAGAAAAAGUACAGAACUUUUACUGUGGUGAGAAAAUAAGUGCAUAAAUAUUCGGUUGAUUUCGUCGGACGUUGAUAACGUUUUUCACUUUAAAGCUUUACAGUCGCAAACAAGCAAACGAUACUGUACUUGAAUCAGACGGAAUUCAGGUCCAUCGAUGUAUAUAAUUAUGUGUUUUUCUGUUUUUCAUGGGUUUGGUUGCAAUAGAAGUGUAAUUAUGAAUAUUGUUUUAACGAUAUAAAUAUAUAUAUUCUAAGGACUGCUUAUGAAUGUUAAGAUUAGAUGAAUCCCUUGAAGGACCUGUCUUGAAGUUUGGUGAAUUUUACGUGUAGAAUAUUGCUAUUAUUUGAGAGACCACUAUUGUGUGAGAUUAUAGGUGGGCAAUAGGCAAUGAUCCAUUCAUAACUGUAUGGCUUUUAUGGUUCUGCAAUGAACGACAGACUAUCACGAGCGAUAAGUUCUCAUUUAAUGUGAAACACUGUGUAAAAUCAAACGUCUCCUUGGAAACUGUGGGUGGGCGUGUAUAUAUUAUGGUUUCUUUUAUCAUAUCGCUUCAUGUAGGCCUGUCACGAUAAUUACGUUAAUGACUUGUCAUACCUAAUACUGUAUGGACAUGACCUCAAUAAUUUGACCAACCUUGAUACUGCCCAUUGCGGCUUUGGCCUAAUUAAAUUGUAUACGUUUCUACUAUAAGGUGUAUGUACUAUUCUUAGUAGUGCUUAAUAGUUGUAGUCGAAGUAGGAUGGGUCAUCGGUAGGACUGUCUCAUGAAAACUCCUUUCCAGUAGCCUAUUGGACCAACCUUCUAUGAAGUAGCAGCUGAAAAAUGCAGCCCACCGUGGUUGAGGCCUAGACUUUGGAACGGAAUACUAGUCAGUCUUAGUAAAUAUUUUGCAAAUGGGACACACCCCCUGUUUGCUUGCAAGUAUUUUGUCAAAGCCUUUAAUUUUAGCUAUUUCUGCUGUUCUGUUCUUAUGUUUACUCUCUUUCUGAGGUGAGGACAAGUCUGUGAUUAGAUAGCAACAUCUAUCCUGUAGGAAAAAAGGCAGUACACACAACAGCCAAUGCACCAAUAACUGUGCCUCCAUGUACACUGAGUAGGCUGUGACAUGUACGGGUCACAAUGCACAUAAGCUGAAGAAUAACUCUUAGAGUUUAAUUAUAAUAAUAUGGAGCACAGUUUUACUGCUGCUGUAGUCUUUCACGCCAUUUACUCAAGUGACACAUUGGACAUCUGUGUGCAAGAAAAACAGAACUUGUUUUUAGCUCAGGACACACGUCUGUGUGUUGCCUAUAUUGCAAAACUAGAUUGUGGGCUGCCGCUCAUUCCACACCAAACCUUGCUUGUGCUUGCAGAGCUACCAUAUUGGAUUUUGCUACACAUUCCUAUAGAAAACAUGUCGUCAGUUUUUACCAUUGCCAUUAUUGACUCAAACAGCCAGAGCUACUGUAAGAUGUUUAAAACUGACUCUGUCUCAUAGCGAAGUGGAGUAAAGACUUUUAACACCUCUAGCCUGAGGUCAUCACACAACCCACAGGAUCAGAUUUUUUAAAAUUCCGAUUCCAAUUUUUUAAAAUAUUCUUAAUUUAAAGCAAAAAUGACUGUGCUAUUAUCAUUCUAUAAUAAUAUGACAGUAAUAUUCUAUUUUAUCGCUAUUAUUUCUGGGACAAUAUAUAAUCAAAAACACAGUUAUCGUGACAGGCCUAGCUUCAUGUAUGAUUUACAGUCAAAGUAAGAUUUCGACUUCAGUGUUGGGAUUCAAAAUCGGAAGAACAAGGAAUCGACUUGACUGAAUCACGCUGGAGAGGUGGCUGGGAAUGACCAUGUUCUAACAUUUGCUACAAAUAUGAAUGCAAUCUUACGAUGUAGGUGUGCCUAGAUGUACUGUAUAAAGUGCUCUCUAAAUAAAAGAAUAAAAAAUACUCUGCACAUGUGCAAGUCAGCGCUUAGAUAGGAGUUUUAGUAUGUGACUUUGUAGGAAUGCGAUUAUUUAAUCUGUGUUCAUCGGGAAUCUUCUUGUUCUGCCUUUUCAAUUUUGUGCCAAACUGUUCACCAACCUUCAGUGUGUCCUUACGUCUCCUUACGUUCCUUACGUAUGUUUGUGUUAACCCACAGCCUAUUGAUUACGAAUUUCCUCAAGUAGUCCAUUGAGAGGGUUACCAAUAACAGACUGCUUUAAAAGGUCGCUACACACACCACACACACUAAUACACACUACACACAAGCGAGUUGAUAAGAAAUGAAGCCUGAGCUCAGUGAUUUACUGUCACAGCCUCAGAAAAAGUGGACCCGAGCUGGACGAACCGAUACUUUAAACCAUGCUGUUGUGUUUUUGUUGUAUUUUUUUUAAAUGUCUAACUGUAAUUAUGUAAUUAUACAAUUUGUUUGCAAGAUUUGUCACUUGAAUUUACAGGCACUCGUUCCUUCAUUUGACGUUUUAGGGCUUUGCUGCUGUAUUAAUUGUUGAUUGCAAUGUUUGACUUUCAUAUUUCCAGAACCAUGAUUUGUGUCCUUCCAAUGUAUGUCUUUUUUGUAAAUUAUUAAAGGUGAAAUAUAUUAAAGAUA